UGGUAAUCGAACGCUUCACAGUGAACUUCACUGCAACCAGUUUGAUCUACAGGCCAGAGAUGGGUAAUCCCAAGUCAAGGCUGUUCAACGCAACAGAACGAGUCUUCGCUAAAUUGCUGGCAGACCUAUUGCAAACCAGCAAUAUUGGUCCUGAUUUUAUGAACUGCAGUUUAUCAGCAUUAAGAUCUGUGAGUGAGAGGAAGAACACCGGAGUAGACAGUGUCUGCACCUACCGUAGAGCUCAUACAGCUCCCACUUUCGACCCAGUGCUUAUGUAUCACAAAUUCAUAAAUGAGACCAAUGGCUUCACCAAGAUGGCGAUAUACAAGCUGGACCCAAACAGUCUUUUUGUUAAUGGUUAUCAUGAAGCACCACAUCAGACGACUGUUUCUCCCACAGCCACACCUUCCAUGGUAAUCGAACGCUUCACAGUGAACUUCACUGCAACCAGUUUGAUCUACAGGCCAGAGAUGGGUAAUCCCAAGUCAAGGCUGUUCAACGCAACAGAACGAGUCUUCGCUAAAUUGCUGGCAGACCUAUUGCAAACCAGCAAUAUUGGUCCUGAUUUUAUGAACUGCAGUUUAUCAGCAUUAAGAUCUGUGAGUGAGAGGAAGAACACCGGAGUAGACAGUGUCUGCACCUACCGUAGAGCUCAUACAGCUCCCACUUUCGACCCAGUGCUUAUGUAUCACAAAUUCAUAAAUGAGACCAAUGGCUUCACCAAGAUGGCGAUAUACAAGCUGGACCCAAACAGUCUUUUUGUUAAUGGUUAUCAUGAAGCACCACAUCAGACGACUGUUUCUCCCACAGCCACACCUUCCAUGGUAAUCGAACGCUUCACAGUGAACUUCACUGCAACCAGUUUGAUCUACAGGCCAGAGAUGGGUAAUCCCAAGUCAAGGCUGUUCAACGCAACAGAACGAGUCUUCGCUAAAUUGCUGGCAGACCUAUUGCAAACCAGCAAUAUUGGUCCUGAUUUUAUGAACUGCAGUUUAUCAGCAUUAAGAUCUGUGAGUGAGAGGAAGAACACCGGAGUAGACAGUGUCUGCACCUACCGUAGAGCUCAUACAGCUCCCACUUUCGACCCAGUGCUUAUGUAUCACAAAUUCAUAAAUGAGACCAAUGGCUUCACCAAGAUGGCGAUAUACAAGCUGGACCCAAACAGUCUUUUUGUUAAUGGUUAUCAUGAAGCACCACAUCAGACGACUGUUUCUCCCACAGCCACACCUUCCAUGGUAAUCGAACGCUUCACAGUGAACUUCACUGCAACCAGUUUGAUCUACAGGCCAGAGAUGGGUAAUCCCAAGUCAAGGCUGUUCAACGCAACAGAACGAGUCUUCGCUAAAUUGCUGGCAGACCUAUUGCAAACCAGCAAUAUUGGUCCUGAUUUUAUGAACUGCAGUUUAUCAGCAUUAAGAUCUGUGAGUGAGAGGAAGAACACCGGAGUAGACAGUGUCUGCACCUACCGUAGAGCUCAUACAGCUCCCACUUUCGACCCAGUGCUUAUGUAUCACAAAUUCAUAAAUGAGACCAAUGGCUUCACCAAGAUGGCGAUAUACAAGCUGGACCCAAACAGUCUUUUUGUUAAUGGUUAUCAUGAAGCACCACAUCAGACGACUGUUUCUCCCACAGCCACACCUUCCAUGGUAAUCGAACGCUUCACAGUGAACUUCACUGCAACCAGUUUGAUCUACAGGCCAGAGAUGGGUAAUCCCAAGUCAAGGCUGUUCAACGCAACAGAACGAGUCUUCGCUAAAUUGCUGGCAGACCUAUUGCAAACCAGCAAUAUUGGUCCUGAUUUUAUGAACUGCAGUUUAUCAGCAUUAAGAUCUGUGAGUGAGAGGAAGAACACCGGAGUAGACAGUGUCUGCACCUACCGUAGAGCUCAUACAGCUCCCACUUUCGACCCAGUGCUUAUGUAUCACAAAUUCAUAAAUGAGACCAAUGGCUUCACCAAGAUGGCGAUAUACAAGCUGGACCCAAACAGUCUUUUUGUUAAUGGUUAUCAUGAAGCACCACAUCAGACGACUGUUUCUCCCACAGCCACACCUUCCAUGGUAAUCGAACGCUUCACAGUGAACUUCACUGCAACCAGUUUGAUCUACAGGCCAGAGAUGGGUAAUCCCAAGUCAAGGCUGUUCAACGCAACAGAACGAGUCUUCGCUAAAUUGCUGGCAGACCUAUUGCAAACCAGCAAUAUUGGUCCUGAUUUUAUGAACUGCAGUUUAUCAGCAUUAAGAUCUGUGAGUGAGAGGAAGAACACCGGAGUAGACAGUGUCUGCACCUACCGUAGAGCUCAUACAGCUCCCACUUUCGACCCAGUGCUUAUGUAUCACAAAUUCAUAAAUGAGACCAAUGGCUUCACCAAGAUGGCGAUAUACAAGCUGGACCCAAACAGUCUUUUUGUUAAUGGUUAUCAUGAAGCACCACAUCAGACGACUGUUUCUCCCACAGCCACACCUUCCAUGGUAAUCGAACGCUUCACAGUGAACUUCACUGCAACCAGUUUGAUCUACAGGCCAGAGAUGGGUAAUCCCAAGUCAAGGCUGUUCAACGCAACAGAACGAGUCUUCGCUAAAUUGCUGGCAGACCUAUUGCAAACCAGCAAUAUUGGUCCUGAUUUUAUGAACUGCAGUUUAUCAGCAUUAAGAUCUGUGAGUGAGAGGAAGAACACCGGAGUAGACAGUGUCUGCACCUACCGUAGAGCUCAUACAGCUCCCACUUUCGACCCAGUGCUUAUGUAUCACAAAUUCAUAAAUGAGACCAAUGGCUUCACCAAGAUGGCGAUAUACAAGCUGGACCCAAACAGUCUUUUUGUUAAUGGUUAUCAUGAAGCACCACAUCAGACGACUGUUUCUCCCACAGCCACACCUUCCAUGGUAAUCGAACGCUUCACAGUGAACUUCACUGCAACCAGUUUGAUCUACAGGCCAGAGAUGGGUAAUCCCAAGUCAAGGCUGUUCAACGCAACAGAACGAGUCUUCGCUAAAUUGCUGGCAGACCUAUUGCAAACCAGCAAUAUUGGUCCUGAUUUUAUGAACUGCAGUUUAUCAGCAUUAAGAUCUGUGAGUCAGAGGAAGAACACCGGAGUAGACAGUGUCUGCACCUACCGUAGAGCUCAUACAGCUCCCACUUUCGACCCAGUGCUUAUGUAUCACAAAUUCAUAAAUGAGACCAAUGGCUUCACCAAGAUGGCGAUAUACAAGCUGGACCCAAACAGUCUUUUUGUUAAUGGUUAUCAUGAAGCACCACAUCAGACCACUCUUCCUCCUACAACCACCUCAAAGGCCUCAACUUUAGGACAUUUCACUGUGUAUUAUACUUUGACCAAUUUGCUGUACACAAAGGAUAUGGCGAUACCUGAUUCUCCCAAGUUUAUUGCUACUGAAAAAGUGAUGAAGCAUUAUAUGGAACCUCUUCUCAGGGAUACAAGCAUUGGCUCAGCAUUUAAUGGGUGCAAAGUGCAGAGCUUCAGACCUUUGCACAGGAGGGGUCCGGUGAUGGUGGAUAACACUUGUACUUACUGGAAUGAACUUCUCUCCAUGCCUUUUGACCGGGUGAAGGUUUAUGGUGAGCUGAGUAAGCUGACUAAGGAAGGCACCAGCAUUGGCCGAUACAGCAUAGAGAAGAACAGUCUUUAUGUAAAUGGAUACUCACCGUCUACAACUGAUUCAGCUCCAGGUGGAGUAGGCUAUGAACUUGGUUUCACAAUCACCAACAAGAACUUGACCAAUACAAAUCCAUUAUCUCCAGAAUAUAAGCAGUUGAUGGGUACCAUCAGUAACCAGUUGAAUCAACUCUUCCACCAGAGUUCCAUCAGCGAUGGAUUCAAGAUUUGUGCUGUAACUGGAUUAAGAAUCGGUUCCAUCAUAGUUGAUUGCAAGUGUUACUUCCAUCCUGCAAGGAAUAUCAGCAAAGACAUGGUCAAAGAUGCUUUUCAACGAGAGACCCAGAAUGCUACCUCUCAGUGGCUGGGUAAUACGUUCCAAGUCAAGGGCUUCACUGUGGAAGCUCUUGAAACAAAUACUGAAGCAGUAACCUAUAAGCCCCCACACAUGCUAAAGGUGAAGAGCUUCACUGUAAAUUUCACCAUUACCAACUUGCCAUACAAGAGGGACAUGAAGAAUCCAAAGUCAGAUGUUUAUCAGAAAGCCAAAGCGAGUAUCGAGAGUGAGCUCAAUCAGUUAUAUCAACGCAGUGAUUUGAAGAUGAGUUUUCUAGGCUGCUCCGUGAAAAAAUUCAGACCCACUAGCCAUGAAACUCAAACUGAUGUUAGUUCUGUCUGUACAUUUGCAAUGGAUUUUGGUUCAAGAACUUUUGACAAAGACCUUGUGUAUGAUAUAUUUAAAAACCUGACUCAGAAUGCCUCCCUAAUGGGGAAAUACAGCCUGGACAAUAGCAGCAUAACUGUUAAUGGAUACCCUUCAGCCAUGGCAACAGAACCCUCCAAACAAGAGCUCCCUUAUUGGGCCAUCAUCCUCAUAUGCUUCUCUGUCUUACUGGGUUCCAUCUUUUUCCUUCUUCUGUGUUUCUUGACUGCUGCCUGGGUGAAGAGGAGAGCGGGCAAGUACCAGAUCCAACAGAGCAUUUUCGGCCUCUAUUUCCCACAUCUGGACAUGCAAAAAUCAUAGUGAUGUGGAUUUUAGAAACUUGACUCCUUCCCUGCAAGGGGACCCUUUUUGCACAGAGUUCCAUCUUGCACAUACUGUGCAGGAAACAAUGUUUACCACAGCUGGAAUGAAUGCCUUGAUGAAGAAGAGACAUUGCAUAUUCUAUGGAAGACUGCCAGAUUGACAGGAUGGGGUGUUCCGUCUUAUUUAUUUAUUAUGCCUUGUGAAAUUUGGAGUAUCUUUUUAAAUAGCUACAAAAACUACAGAUUAGAUUAUUUAAGUGCCAAAAAAUGUUAGAUUCUGCCUGGAGCAUGGAUCGGUAUUAAGCAAUUUGCAUUCUCUGAGACUGCAAAGCAUUAAUGAACUCUAUUGCACAUAAAGAAAAUAUAUAUUCUUUAGCUCAAUCAGUAAAUAUUACACUUUUUCUUAUUUUUGAAGCAGGGAUUUUCUUCUUUCCAAGACGAUGAUGUUGAAAUGGAAGACUUAACAGUAUUUCUAUCUGAGCUGCAAUUAUAGCAUACUGUACAGUAGUAUCUGAUUUCAAAAUAAUGUAUCAUGGAUAGAGAUGAUUUUCAAUCCUUUUUUUAAUAUUUAAAAUGUUCCGGAUUUUUUACAAAUCAAUAAACGUGAACAAGAAAAUGAAAAACAAAAUGAAACCUAAACUAUCAAGAAUCUAAAAUAACCUCUUUUUAAGAAAAUCACAGCAUAUAUGAUUAUGAACUAAAUUCUUAGAAGGAUUGACAUCAAGGAAGAUGUCAGUGUGAGGAAACUAGCUUUAUUUAGUCAGAAGUGGCAUAACUCCUUCUACAUUAAUUUUGUAAUUAUAUAUAGCUAAAAUCUAGCUGCCACCACCCCAAAACAGUAAAGUAUUUAUACUGAUCUUAUCUUCCCUCUUUUCAGCUCUUUUUCUAGCAGCAAAGUACCUUACAUGUGUGGGGGUGUAAUUAUUUUCUGCUUUUCACUCACUCACAGGACUAGCUGAU